AUGGAUAUCUCUGAAGUCAGUUCUACAUUGCUUACUCAUUUCCAAAACUUAAAGGUUUGUGAUGAUCGUGUUCUGAAAUGCAUUAAUGUACCAUUGAAAUCUCAUUCGAAUAAACAAGAGUCACAGAAGAAAGAUAUAUACAUGAUCCAUCGAAAAGAAGCCUUGGAGAUGAUGAGGUCAGCUUCUCAACAGUUUAAGUCUGCUAACGAAGCUUACCUAAGAGGUGAGCAUUUAAAUGCAAAACAACAUUCCAUGAAGGCAAGAGAAAAAUUAAAGAUGGCUCGUGAGCUUGACUGUAAGGCAGCUACAGAAAUUUUAAAUUUUAAAAAUCGUACAAAUGGCUUAUGGAGAUUGGAUUUGCAUGGUCUCCAUGCAAAAGAAGCUGUACAAGCAUUGCGUGAGCGUUUGGAGAAAAUCGAAAGUGUUGGCAAACACAGUCGAGGCAAACCUGUUCUUCCAUUAGCUGUGAGGAGUUUCCUUACCGAAAACAGAUAUCAUUUUGAGGAUAUAAGACCAGGAGCAAUCAAAGUGUGGCCCAACUUCCUUUGA